AUGAGAAGCUUCUUCCUUCUCACUGCUGCUGCCUUUGGCGCGGCCAACGCGGGCGUUUUAGAUUUCCGUCGACACCAGCCAAGAGACUACAAUCUGCCUCAAGAACACUCAACAUCUAUCGUUUAUGAAACAGAAACUUUCGCUCUUCCCGUUGAAAAGAGAACCAACCCUUAUCCUCCUCCCGCCGACCAGGGUAGCUAUCCUCCUCCUUCUGACCAGGGAAGCUAUCCUCCUCCUGCCAACCAGGAGAGUGAUCUCUACCCUCCUCCGGACACUCCUGAGCCUACCGAGCCUGCUGCGCAGGAAUCAUCUCAGUACACUCCUCCUCAACCUACUUCCGAAGCUCCGGUUCCAGCUCCUACUUCUGAGGCUCCUAUUCCUGAACAGCCUACAUCCGAGGCUCCCGUAAAGGAUACCACCCAAUAUGCUCCUCCUCCUGCUGUCCCCACUGUCGCUACCACCGAAGCCGAAGCUGAAGACACUACCAACUAUGCUCCUCCUCAGUCUGCUGCCACUGAGACCGUUAGCAAGCCUGUUGUAGAUGAGACCACUGAGGCUUCUACUCCUACUGGCGCUUAUCCUCCUCCCGCCAACACUCCAUCUGAUGCUUAUCCUCCUCCCGAGAAUGGCCCAUCAACUGAGGCUGGACAAGAGUCUACUGCUGAGGCUUCUGCUCCCACUGACGCUUAUCCUCCUCCUGAGGGCGUUCCCACGACUGAGUCUGCACAAGGAUCUACUGUUGCUGUUACCACAGAUGCUACCACUGCUGGUGCCACCACCGCAACUGACCUUUACCCUCCUCCUGCCAACACUCCUUCUGACGCCUAUCCUCCUCCAGAGGGUGCCUCAACCACCAUCGCAACCGACGAGUCUACUGCCGAUGUCACUACUGCUGCUGCCACUGCUGGUACCACCGUCGCAACCGACGCUUAUCCUCCUCCAGAGGGUGCCUCAACCACCGAGUCUGCUGAAGAGUCUACUGCCGAUGUCACCACUGCCGCUGGCACUGCUGGUGUUACUACCGGAACUGACUUGUACCCUCCUCCUGCUCAGACCGACUCCACCAAGCCCGCUCAAGAGGACUCCACUGAGGCUCUCACUGCUACUUCCGACUCUGCUCCUCCCCAGAGCACCGAUUUGACUAAAGAGGGAUCUACCGUUGUCGGAAGCUCUACUGGCGCCUACCCCCCACCUGAGGGCACCGUCACCACCGAGUCUGGCUCGGGUGCUACUACCACUGAUGUUUCCAACGACACCACUGCGCCCGCUCUCCCUGAGACCACCGAAGCCGAGAGCGCCUCUACUUCUGGCUGGACUACCUCAACCGUCUACACCACCCACGUCUACACUGUGACAUCAUGCCCUCCUGACGUUCCUGACUGCCCCGAGAACCAGCACGUGACCACUGAGACCAUCGCUGUGUCAACUACCAUCUGCCCAGUUACUGAGAAGGGUGAGACUCCUGUUUCUACUCCCGAGUACCAGGUCCCUGGAUCUACCGAGUCUGAGCACCAGAACACCGAGACUGGCACCGCUUCUCUGCCCGUUGAGACUGAGACCAAGAAGGUGCCUGAGGUAACUGAGAGUACUACUCCUUCUGGUGCCUACCCUCCUCCUGAGGCUGGUACUGAGACCGGUUCUGCCUCUGUCCCUGUCGAGACCGAGACCGAGACUCAAAAGGUUCCCGAGCAGACUGAGAGUGUUACUUCCACUGGUGUUUACCCUCCUCCUGCUCAGUCUACCAUUGAGACCACUGAGAGUGCCGAGACCGAGACUGCGACUGUUCCUGCUGAGACUGGAACCAAGACUGCUCCCGCUGAGACUGAGUCGGUGCCUGCCGAGACCGAGACUGCGUCCGUUCCCGUCGGAACUGAGACUGCUCCCGUUGAAGCUGGAUCUACUCAACCCGCUGUUGAGUCAUCUACUGGUGUCUACCCUCCUCCUAAGCCUCACACUGGGACCGCCGGCACUGGAACAGAGACUGGCUCCGAAACCCCCAGCCAGACUGAGCCAGCAAUUGCGACAACUAGCCAGUGGACUACCUCAACCGUGUACACAACUGCUGUCCGAACCAUCACUUCUUGCCCACCUGAGAUCCCCGACUGCCCAAACAACAAGCACGUCACUACCGAGACCAUUGCCAUCUCCACAACAGUCUGCCCUGUCACUGAGGCUGAGCACACCAAGCCUGCGACCGUCACUGAGGACAAGCCCGCUACUGAGACUGGAGACAAGCCUGCCACCGAGGAGUCUACUGUCCCUGCUACUGAGUCUGAGGAGCAGCCUACCAAGCCUGUCACUGGACACGAGGGAUCUACCAAGCCCGCAACCGAGGAACAGCCCACCGAGACUGAGACUCAGGCCAUUACUACCAACGGCAACAAGUACCCCGUCCCUACCGAGAGUGGAGAGCAGUCUACUCAUGUCACUGGCACCGAGGAGCAGCCUGCUCCUACCGAGUCUGCUAGCACCACUGACUGGACUACUUCGACUGUUUACACUACCAACGUUCGCACCAUCACCUCUUGUGCUCCUGAUGUGACCGAUUGCCCCGUUGGUCCUCAUGUCACAACCGAGACGAUCGCCAUCUCCACUACCGUCUGCCCUGUCACCGAGGUUACUCCUUCCAAGCCUAUCACCAAGGUCAUCAUCACGGAGAACGGAUCUACCAAGACCAUCGCUACCACCGAGGAGCACGUCACCAAGCCCGCUACCCAGGUGUAUCCCACUGAGGUUAUUUCUACUCAGCCUGCCACUGAAGAGCAGCCCACCAAGCCUGCCACAGAGGAGCACCCUACCAAGCCUGUGACUGGAGGCCAAUCUGGAGCUGGAUCUACUCAGCCCGCUGUUCCUUCUACUACCGAGUACACCACUUCAACUGUCUACACGACCAACGUUCGCACUGUCACUUCUUGCGCGCCUGAUGUUCCCGAUUGCCCUGCUACACCUCAUGUCACCACUGAGACCAUCGCUAUCUCUACCACCAUCUGCCCCGUGACUGAGCAGCAGACCAAGCCUCAAGCCACUGGUCCUGAACCUACCGAGCCCAAGCCUACUGAGCCUCAUGCUACCGGACCUCACCCUACGGAGCCAGCCAAGACCACCGGUUACACCACUUCAACUGUCUACACUACCAGUGUCCGAACUGUCACUACCUGCGCUCCUGGUACUCCCGACUGCCCCGAAGGUCCCCAUGUUAUCACCGAGACCAUUGCUAUCUCUACUACCGUGUGCCCUGUCACUGAGGAACAGUCUGCCCCUACCAAGCCUUCUGAGCCUGAGCAGCCCCAGCAACCCGAGCAGCCUGGCAAGCCUGAUCAGCCUGAGCAACCUGCUCCCACCAAGCCUGCUGGCGGUAACGAGCCUCCUUACCCAGUUCCUACCCAGCACGUUGUGACAACCGGCUACUCCACCUCCACCAUCUACACCACCGCUAUCCGAACCGUCACUGCCUGUGCUCCUGGUACCCCGGACUGCUCCGAAGGCCCUCAUGUUGUCACCGAGACCAUCGCGCUCUCUACCACUAUCUGCCCUGUCACCAAGACUCAGAUCAUCCCCGGACCUGGAGCUACCUAUGGUCCUCGUCCCGGUAACAUGACUUCCACUCUUUACACUACCAAGUACUUCACUGUUACUGCCUGCCCUCCUCAGGUCACAGACUGCCCCAUCGGCCAGGUCACCUCCUCCGUCUACGCCACAGCCACCACUCAGAUCCAGCAGUGGCACCCUUCCAACUCUGGCGUCUACCAGCCUCCCGCUCCUACCAACAACGUUCCCCCUACCGUGCCCACCACCUACAUCGGCAACCACGGUAACCAGACGACGACCUUCUACCGCUCUACCACCAAGCUGUACGAGACUCCUGUGCACACUCCCAAGCCGAUCGAGACUACUCAGACUGCUGAGACUCUCCACACCACCACUGCUUCUGUGAAGCCAUCUGCUCCCUACUACGCCCCUCCUCCUUACUAA